GGACACGUGAACGCGUAGCGGCCGCAGAAAGGCUGCGCGCGGGUCCUGCCUGGAGACCGGGCCGACACGUGUCGGGGAGCGGGGCGCCGCCUGCCGCAGUUGUUGUUUGCCGGGUCUGUCGCCAGGGGAGGAGAGGCGGGACCCCACGCGCUCGGCGGCCUCCGCCACCCCCGGCCGCCCGUGCGCCCACCGGCGGAAGCUGACCCCCCCUCCCGUGGGUGGGGGGGCUUCCGGAGAGGGGGCGGUGCCAGGACGGCUGUCUGCGGCUCUCAUGGCCGGGCAUCUGCAGCUCUCGGGGCGCCGCCUGGGCGACGACUUCUUCGGCCGGCCCUGCGUCAGCCUCGCCAAGGCCCUGCUCGGACAGGUGUUGGUGCGGAGGCUCCCCGAUGGAAGAGAGCUCCGGGGGCGCAUUGUGGAGACCGAGGCAUACCUGGGGGGCGAUGACACCGCUUCUCACUCCCGGGGCGGGAGGCGGACAGCCCGGAACGCCGGCAUGUUCAUGAAGCCAGGCACCCUCUACGUGUACCAGAUCUACGGCAUCUACUUCUGCAUGAAUAUCUCCAGUGACGGAGAGGGGGCGGCCGUUCUCCUGCGCUCCUUGGAGCCCCUCCAAGGCCUGGAGGUUAUGAGGCAGCUGCGGCAGCGCCAGCGCAAAGGCCUCAGCAAGCCCCCCAAGGACUGGCAGCUCUGCAACGGGCCCGCCAAGCUGUGCCAGGCUCUGGCCAUCGACAAGGGCUUCGACCAGGACAACCUGGCUAGUGCCCCAUGCGUGUGGGUGGAGCCUGGCCCGCAGGUCCUCAUGGACGAUGCCCUCGUCUGCAGCACCCGCAUCGGCAUCAGUGGCGACUGGGCCCACAAGCCCCUGCGUUUCUACCUCCGUGGCAACAGGUGUGUGAGCGUGGCUGACAAGGCAGCCGAGCAAGCCCUGGGGCAGGCAGUAGAAGCGCUGGGGGCAGCAGGACCUGGAAGUGCAGCGUGCGAGGAAGGGCUCUGGGUCCACUGAUCCCCCAGGGGCUGGCUGCACAGGGAAACUGCAUGGUGCUCUGUUUGGGUUGAGGGUUGUUUUUUGUAAGAAUAAACUUCUUUCCCCGCUA